AUGAGACUUCCGAGAGCUUUAGCAGUGGCUGCGUUGUGCUUUGCACUAUGUAUGCUCACCACAUCCGUCGGCGGCCAUCAGGUCGCGCUCAUCUCGGACAUCCACUACGACCCGCUUUAUGGCACCAGCAGGGCGCUAAAGUGCACGAGUAGCUCUAGCCCUGUUUAUGGUAUGCAAGGGUGCGACUCGUCGCUGCAGCUAAUGGCGAGUACCCUGGCCGACGUGUCGGCGCAGAGCCCGAGCUUGCUGCUUUACACUGGCGACUGGCAGCGGCACAAGUUUGCCAAUAGCAGUCUGGCUCCUGCCGCUAUCUUCAAGGACAUGUCAGAGCGCUUUCGCAAUGUCACGGUGGACAGCUCACUCGGCGCGGUUGCCUUCAGUGGGGCAGUGGGCAACAAUGAUGUCGUGCCCGACUACUAUUUUUCGUUAGGGAGCACAACUUCGGAGGAGGAACUGGCGCACCGGGUGGCGGCGAUGCGCGGCGCCGCGCUUUUGAACGAUGCGGAGGCUUCCGUGAUGAGAAACUGCGGCUAUUACACACAUAUAAUGGACAGCGUGCAUGUGAUUGUUCUGCACACGUUACUGUGGGCGCACGAGCUUCAGCCAUCGCUGCCCUCCAACCUCAGCGACCCGUGUAACCAGUUCUCUUUUCUGCGGAGUGAGCUGGCGAAGGUGCGGGCAGCUAGCAAGCGAGCGAUCAUCAUGGGUCACAUCCCACCUGGCCUGAACACGUACAAUGUGCUUAAACGCGGCUUUGGCUCUGCAGCCGGCGACAUGUUCUGGAAGGAGCAAUAUGAGGCGACCUACAAUAGCAUCAUUCGCGAGUACAAAGAUCUCUUAGUAGUGCAGUUGUUUGGGCAUACACACAUGUUCAAGCUGCUCACGAUGCCACGGAAUGGCGUACUGGGCAUCGUUGUCCCAUCCAUCUCACCCAUCUUCGGUAACCACCCGUCCUACCUGAUGGCCAACUUCAGCGAAACCUGGGAGCUGGAGGAUGCGCAAAGUCGCUACACCAUUGGCGAUGGCGUAUUCCACCCCGGACUCUCUGCCAAAGAAGUGUUCAGUCUGAAUACUGGGCUGUACUCUGUCGCGGAUGUGCGAGCGGCCAUCACUCUGCUGGCGACGGACGAUACAAUGUGGGACCGUUUCCUCACUGUAUUCUGCGGUGGCGAGAAAAGCUCUCACGUGUUUCCACACAGGAAGUGCGACAAACAAUGCCGCUACAUUGUUGUCUGCUCGAUGCUGGAGAACAAUCACACGGAUAUUCAGCACUGUGUGGCCAAUUACAGCCUUCUGCCAGGGCCUUCGCAGGACACUGGAACCACGGUCUUCAUGUCGGCCGUCAUAGUCCUUUGUUCGCUGUUCGUGAGUGGGGCAAGCGUGGCGAUGCUGCUCAUGAUCCGCAGUGGUCAGACAACGCUGUCGUGGUCGAAUAUGAAAAGCGCCAUCUGGUGGAAGUCCCUUGUCUCGAAGCAGGAGAGCAACACCACCACCACCACCACCUCCGUGGGAGAGGACGAGCUGCGAGAACGUCGCACGGUUGUUUAG